AUGAGCCGCCAAUUUAGCUCUCGGUCAGCAUUUAGCUCCAGGAGCAGGCGGUUUUACAGCAUUGGCUCUUCCACAGUCUCUCGUGGUGGGAGUCGGGCUGUGGGGUCUGUGUGUCAGGCCCGAGGCAGGUGUGGUGGUGGUGGUGGUGGUGGUGGUGGUGGUGGUGGUUGUGGGUAUGGGAACCAAGCCAGGGGGUUUGGUUCUAGGAGCCUCUACAAUCUGGGAGGCAGUAAGAGCAUCUCCAUUAGCUUAGUGGGGAGAAGUGCCAGUGGUUUCUGCCAGGGUGGGGGAGGGAGAGGGGGAUUUGGAGGGGGCAGAAGCUUUGGGGGUGGUGGCUUUGGAGGUGGUGGCUAUGGGGGAGGUGGUUUUGGAGGUAGCAAUUUUGGGCUUGGGGGCUUUGGUCCUUCCUGCCCCCCGGGGGGCAUCCAAGAGGUGACUAUUAACCAGAGCCUCCUGCAGCCGCUUCACUUGGAGGUGGACCCUGAAAUUCAGAAAGUCAAGACCCGGGAGCGGGAGCAGAUCAUGGUCCUCAAUAACAAGUUUGCCUCCUUCAUCGACAAGGUGCGAUUCCUGGAGCAACAGAAUCAGGUGCUACAAACAAAAUGGGAGCUGCUGCAACAGGUGAACACCUCUACCCGGACCAAUAACCUGGAGCCCAUCUUGGAGAGGUACAUCGGUGAGCUGCAGAGGCAGGUGGAUUUUCUCAAUGCGGAGCAGAUGCGCCAGAACACGGAAAUCAGGAGUAUGCAGGAUGUCGUGGAGGACUACAAGAACAAAUAUGAGGAAGAAAUCAACCGGAGGGCCAGCACUGAGAAUGACUUUGUCGUCCUGAAGAAGGAUGUGGAUGCUGCUUACAUGAGCAAGGUGGACCUGCAGUCCAAGGCAGAUGCUCUGUUUGGGGAAGUCAAUUUCCUGAAAUAUUUAUUUGAUAUGGAGCUGUCCCAGAUGCAGACACACAUCAGCGAUACCAAUGUCAUCUUGUCUAUGGACAAUAACCGCUCCCUGGAUCUGGACAGCAUCAUUGAUGCAGUGCGGACCCAGUAUGAGCUGAUCGCACAGAAGAGCAAGGACGAGGCCGAGGCGCUGUACCAGACCAAGUACCAGGAGCUCCAGAUCUCGGCAGGAAGACACGGAGAUGAGCUGAAGAGCAGCAAGAUGGAGAUUGUUGAGCUGAACCGCACCAUCCAGAGGCUGCAAGCAGAGAUCAGCAACAUUAAGAAGCAGAUUGAGCAGAUGCACGCGGCCAUUUCGGAUGCAGAGGAGAGAGGAGAGCAGGCCCUGCAGGACGCGCAGCAGAAGCUGCAGGGCAUGGAGGAGGCCUUGCAACAGGCCAAAGAGGAGCUGGCCCGGCUGCUGCGAGACUACCAGGCGCUGCUGGGGGCCAAGCUGUCCUUGGACGUGGAGAUCGCCACCUACCGCAAGCUGCUGGAGGGCGAGGAGAGCAGGAUGUCAGGGGAGCUGCAGAGCCACGUGAGCAUCUCUGUGCAGAGCAGCCAGACCACCGUCAGCGGUGGGGGAGGCGGCGGUUACAGCAGUGGCGGCUACAGUGGCGGCAGCUCUCGCAGGGGUGGCGGCGGCUACGGCGGCGGCGGCGGCGGCGGCGGGGGCUCCCGAGGGGGCAGUGGAGGUGGUUAUUCGGGCGGCACCAGUGGGAGCUACGGAGGGAGCAGCAGGGGCAGCAGCAAGUACGGUGGCAGAGGCGGCGGGGGCUCUUCCCGCGUGCAGAUCAUCCAGACUUCCACCAACACCUCCCACAGGAGAAUCGUGGAGUAGAGGAAAGGCUCACUCCAGUCCCCCCAGCCCCCAUCAGCAGGGCUCUCUCCUGUGCCCUCCCCCAUGCCCUUCCGGAACCCCUCUCACUUACCUUUUCCUUAUGGGUCUCAGCAGUUUUGCCAAUACAUCCCACUCUCGCCAGGCAAGCAGGUAGAUAGUGGAUAACCCCCAACAGCAGAUCUGUCUCCAGAGGGUGCUGGCUGCCAGGCAGAGUCACAGCCAGACACACUCUCAACUCAGACUCCACUGGGCUGGCCCCGCUCCCGCCCCUGGGAACACCCAAGCGCCCCAGUUUAGAGAUGGAGAAA